AGUUUGCCCAAGUCCCUCUCUAAUAAUGCCUGAACUAGCAAAGGAUAUGGCAAGGUGUGCCAGAAGAACUACUUCCGUUUGGCCUCCAGAGGGCGAUGUUGCACAACUAGAAUUAUGGUUGAAGAACAGCAUCAGUCCUUUAGCUCCUCCUUCACAGAGCGGGCUGAGGUGUCCAGCUGGAGCUCUUUGCAGACAUUGGUACGUGAGGAGCAUUUAGAAGCCGAAAAACAUCCAGACUUGUCAAGGAAGAGACUUCCAAACAUCUCUGGAACGUGCUUAGGCAAGGUUCUAGGACACCAGCCAUACCUGUUCUUCCUUGGUCGAGAGUGCAGUUUCCUCAGCAUGUUCCUUCCUGCUCAGGGAAGAGCUUCAAAAAGUCUCCCACAGCUUCUUCACUGCUCAGAUAUGAGCUUGGUUCCCGUAUUGGUGCUUAUGACACUUUUUGCCCUGAGAGGAGCCGGAGCCCAGUCAGUGACCCAGCCUGACAGGCACGGCAUCACUGUCCCUGAAGGAGCCCGCCUGGAGCUGAGGUGCAACUACUCAUCCACUUAUUCACCGUCUCUCUUCUGGUACGUACAGUACCCCAACCAAGGACCCCAGCUUCUCCUGAAGUACGUGUCUGGAAACAGCUUUGUUUCAGGCAUCAAAGGUUUCAUGGCUGAAUUUAGGAGGAAUGAAACUUCCUUCCACCUGAAGAAAACGUCAGCCCAUUGGAGCGACUCGGCAGAGUACUUCUGUGUUCUGGGUGACACAGUGCCUGAGUCUUCAGGGGAAGCUGAACACAAACUCUGUGACUCUCUAAGGACGAUAAGUGCAUCUGAAAGGUUUUGGAUUUUGACAGAGCAGAAGUCUUGAUGUUCUUAUGACCCAGUAAAGAGGUGCUCAGGGACUUGCUGAGCCAGUGGGAGGCAGAUACACGGUCAGAUACGAGAAGUGGGACAAAGCACAGGAGAGUUUUUACUUUUCAUUCACCAUUUUCUCUUUCAACAAUCCAAAAAAAAUGUGAACUCCUUUUGAUGACUUAGCUCCUUCUUACAAACUUACUGCCUUCCCAAUCUGGUAAAUUUAAACUAGUUUUCCUGGAAUCUUUCUUUUUGGCUCCACUCUGUGCUGUUAUUUCCCCUCAUUUUUACGUGCCCCAUCUAGGAGGGAGAAGAUGAUUGGGAUGGAGAAUGGCUUACAAUAUGGCAUCCUUAUGUAACUAUUAGUAACUUACUAGGAAUAUUGAAGAAAGAAAGGUGAAUAACUCAAAAUUUUUAGUAUCUGUUCAAAGACUAUUUAGGUGAGAGGAGAUGAUAAAUGUAGAUGACAAAUUCCAUUU